GGGCAUAGCUCCGCCUCGUCUCGCUGGAACGCCAGCCCCUGCAAACUACCGCUGCUUGCGCUCGUCGGCACACACACCUAAUACACACACAUACACAUCCAUCGACACACACUUAAAGACACACACACACACACACACACACACACACACACACACACACACACACACACACACACACACACACACACACACACACACACACACACACACACACAUACACACACAUAAACACACGCACACACACACACACACACACACAAGGAACACUGGCAAACCGGACUUCUUGAAAACGCCUCGUCGGCGGGUGUUUGCCUCGGUUCGAUCCGGGGAUCCGUUCACCGCCGCCCGGCUGGGAGACAUACCGGGAUCGCGACAUGAGGGAGCAGCUUCGGAACCACCAGACCCAGACAACAUGCUGGGACCAUCCCAAGAUGGCCGAGCUGUACCAGUCCCUGGCCGACCUGAACAACGUGCGUUUCUCAGCCUACCGUACGGCCAUGAAACUCCGCCGCCUGCAGAAGGCUUUGUGCUUGGACCUGCUGGGGAUGCCGGCGGCGUGUGAGGUGAUUGAGCAGCACGGCCUGAAGCAGAACGAGCAGCUGCUGGACACGCCCACGCUGGUGGCCUGCCUGACCAGCCUGUACCAACAGCUGGAGGCCACGCACGCCCACCUGGUCAGCGUGCCGCUCUGCGUCGACAUGUGCCUCAACUGGCUGCUCAACGUUUACGACACGGGCCGCACAGGGAAGAUCAGGACGCUGUCGUUCAAGACGGGGAUCAUCUCUCUCUGCAAGGCCCACCUCGAGGACAAGUACAGAUUCCUGUUCCGGCAGGUGGCCAGCGCCACGGGUUUCUGUGACCAGCGGCGCCUGGGCUUGCUGCUCCACGACUCCAUCCAGAUCCCCCGCCAGCUGGGGGAGGUGGCGUCCUUCGGAGGCUCCAACAUCGAGCCCUCCGUCCGCAGCUGCUUCCAGUUUGCCAACAACAAGCCGGAGCUGGAGGCGGCCAUGUUCCUGGACUGGAUGCGUCUGGAGCCCCAGUCCAUGGUGUGGCUGCCCGUCCUGCACCGCGUGGCCGCCGCCGAGACGGCCAAGCACCAGGCCAAGUGCAACAUCUGCAAGGAGUGCCCCAUCAUCGGCUUCAGGUACCGCAGUCUGAAACAUUUCAACUAUGACAUCUGCCAGAGCUGCUUCUUCUCGGGCCGAGUUGCCAAGGGCCACAAGAUGCAGUACCCCAUGGUGGAAUACUGCACUCCGACGACGUCCGGGGAGGACGUGAGGGACUUUGCGAAGGUCCUGAAGAACAAGUUCAGGACCAAGCGAUACUUCGCCAAGCACCCGCGCAUGGGCUACCUGCCCGUCCAGACCAUCCUGGAGGGAGACAACAUGGAGACUCCUGUCACUCUGAUCAACUUCUGGCCCGUAGAACAUCUGCCUGGCUCCUCCCCCCAGCUCUCCCAUGAUGACACGCACACUCGCAUUGAGCACUACGCCAGCCGGUUAGCCGAGAUGGAGAACCGUAACGGCACGUAUCUCAACGACAGCAUCUCUCCCAAUGAGAGCAUAGACGACGAGCACAUGCUGAUCCAGCACUACUGCCAGUCUCUGAGCCAGGGCUCCCCGCUGAGCCAGCCGCGCAGCCCCGCCCAGAUCCUCAUCUCCAUGGAGACGGAGGAGAAGGGGGAGCUGGAGAGGGUCCUCGGCGACCUGGAGCAGGAGAACAGGAAGCUGCAGGGGGAGUACGACCGGCUGAAGCGGGCGCACGACCGCAAGGGCCUGUCCCCGCUGCCCUCGCCCCCCCACAUGCUGCCGGCGUCGCCCCCCAGCCCGCGGGACGCCGAGCUGCUGGCCGAGGCCAAGCUGCUGCGGCAGCACAAGGGCCGCCUGGAGGCCCGCAUGCAGAUCCUGGAGGACCACAACAAACAGCUGGAGUCACAGCUGCACCGCCUCCGCCAGCUGUUGGAGCAGACGGACUCCAAGGUGAACGGCACAGCCCUGUCCUCCCCCUCCACCUCCUCCCAGCGCUCAGACUCUUCCCUCCCCCUGCUCCGCAUGGCCGCCAGCCAGACCACCGACACAAUGGGAGAUGAUGAGCUGUCCAGCCCCUCCCAAGAUGCAUCUGGGCUGGAAGAGGUGAUGGAGCAGCUCAACAACUCCUUCCCCCACAGCCAGGGUCCCAGUGUGGGCAGUUUGUUCCACAUGGCCGAUGACUUAGGUCGAGCCAUGGAGUCAUUGGUUACCGUGAUGACAGACGAGCAGAACGGGGAUUAGCACUAGGCUCAACCAACCCAAGCCCCUCCCCCUC